AUGUUCAAAUACCAACGCGUGGAUGGCGCAGAAGAUGCGAACAGAUCUAGCUAUGACGAAGACACCAUCGAGAGCGAGAAGACGGUCAACAACCAUCGUAGUCAUGGGUGGAACCUCCGAUCGCUCGGCGUAGGAAUGAUACUCGGCAUCAUCCUCAGCUCCCUUACCUUCAUAAUCAUUUCGACUGAACCAAAAAACAAGUGCGUACAACAGGUAUCAACUUGGUCACCCGCACUUGAAAUCUUCAACGAUCAAGACCUUACCCAACAACGAUUUGACGGCGCGCUCCGAGAUCCCAACAAAUUCCGUGGUCCUCCGAGCCAGGACAUUGAUGAAGCGUGGGAAGAAAUCACCUAUCCCAGCGGAGGUCUAGUGCGACUAUCCAAAGACCAGCUCGAUCGAGUUAACGCGUCUGAAUAUGCGGCCGAAUACACGGAAGAGAUGGGUGGAGGGUAUAUAGCUGGUAUUGAGGUGUUUCACCAACUGCAUUGCGUGAAUAUGUUGCGGCAAGCGACAUAUAUGGAUUAUUACCUACCAAGGAACAAGGAGUGGGAGGAUCAGAAAACUUUGAGAUAUCAUCUCGAUCACUGUAUAGAUAUGCUGCGUCAAAAGCUCAUGUGUGAUCCAGACGUUGGUAUGGUCACGUAUGUUUGGGCCAAGGGCUGGAAGCAGGCAUUUCCAGACUUCAACACCGUUCACAAGUGCAGGCCUUACUCGAAAGUAAUCGACUGGGCUCGUGACAAUUACGUGCAUAGCAGGAAUGUCUCCGAACUCGAACGUGCCCCAGGAGCUCUCGAAAGAGAUACGCGGCCCUAA